AUGGGAAAAAUCAUGAAAAAUUCCUCGCAAAGAGAAAGAGAGAGAAAGAAAGAGAAAGAGAGAGAAAAAAAAAAAAAAAAAAAAGAAAAAAAAGAAAAAAAAAAGAAAAAAAAAAGAAAGAAAAAAAAGAAAAAAAGACACGCAAGAUUAAAGGAAAAAGAAAAAAAAAAGAAAAAAAAAAGUAAAGAAAAAAGAAAAAUUAAAAAAAAAAAAAAAAAAAAAAAAAAAAAGAAAAAAAAAAGAAAAAAGAUCUCACAAAAAGAAAGAGAAAAAGAAAUAAGAAAAAGACGAAGAGAAGAAGAAGGAGAAGAAGAGACAAAGAAGAAGAAGAAGAAAAAAAAAAGAGAGAAAAAGAAAAAAAAAAGAGAGAAAAAGAAAAAAAAAGAAAAAUUGAAAAAGAGGACGAAGAAGAGAGGAAGUAGAAAAAUGAAAAAGAAAAAAAAAAAAGAAAAAAAAGAAAACAAGAGAAGAAAAAAAAAACAAAAAAAAAAGAAAAGAAAAGAAAAGAAAAAAAGGAGAGAAAAAAAAAAGAAAGAAUGAAAGAUAGAAAAACAAAAGAAAAAGAAGAUGAAGAAGGGAAAAAAAAAGAAAAUAAUAAAAAGUUCACGGGAAGUAUUAGAAGCGAGUAUACUUGUAUCUAGAUGGAAAAUUCUACGUAUAACGUGA